CACCAAUCUGCACCGAAACGAGCACAGCACGAAAUGGAAAUAGAUUAGUCGCAGUCGGUGCCGGUUGAAUGUAAUUAGUUUAGCUCGCUUGCAGACCGGCAAACAUUGCAAUCGAGGCGAGAAAUUUGCUGGUAAAUACGAUUAAAAAACGAUUCCGAGCGAUGGUCUAACAAAUCCCAGCCGAAGGAGCCUGGACGAAGGAUGACCCCAUUUUCAGCUUCGUUUCAACUGUGAUUCCGCAUCGUGUAUUGUCCCAGACAAUCCACUCGGGUGUGAAAAAUGGCACAGAACCAGUGGGGUUCGCAGAAAAAACAAGCGAUACUAUGGAAAAGUGGAAAAACUUCCGGCCUCAUCUUACACUGCACCGCGCACAUCAGGCCAGGAUUCUUCGCCCAACAAGCACUCGAGGCCCGGCUUAUAUUGAACCCGCGCAAGUAUUGAUCGGAUUUUAUCUGCCUGCGAGUGACAUCACUUUAGUGGCCCUUUUUUUCUCUCCUUUGCAGCUCAUCCAUCGUUUAGAAUGAUACUGGGGGCGGGAUGAUUUCUCCGUUCCGUACCCGAGGAACGCGCUCCAACUCAAUUACUUGCCGGCAUCGUAAAGUGGCAUCAAGCGUAAGGAGAAAUCGGUCGACCACAGCAACGGCAACGAGCGGAUGGGUUCCGAUCGCACCUCGAUUAUCUUUACGCUGAAGAACCAAAUCGGUGGUCUGGCCAGCGCGCUGCGCGUCUUCCAGGAGCUCGGCAUCAACGUGCUGCACGUGGAGCUGAACAAGAGCGGCGAAGCGUGUGACAGUGCGGACGUCCUGGUCGAUGUCGAGUGUGAUGCGAAUCGGCUGGAUCAGGUGUUGCGUUUGCUGAAGCGUGAAGUCCAAUCGGUUAACUAUGCGGCUCAGGUGAACAGCGAUGGACCACCGCCGACUCCGCUGUCCGCGUGUGGAAGUUUUGAUUUCGGCGAGAUGCACUGGUUUCCGAGGAAAAUCUCCGACCUGGACCGUGCGCAGAAUGUGCUGAUGUACGGCAGCGAGCUGGAUGCGGAUCAUCCCGGGUUCAAGGAUCCGGUCUACCGCAUGCGCCGAGAGCAAUUUGCCGCCAUUGCCAACUCCUACAAGCAUGGCAGUCCCAUCCCGAGGGUUCAGUACACACCGGAGGAAAUCAAAACCUGGGGAACCGUUUUCCGUGAGCUGCACAAGCUGUACAUCAAGCACGCCGUCCCGGAGUAUCUGGAGAAUUGGCCCGAGCUGGUGAAGUACUGUGGCUACCGGGAGGACAAUCUGCCCCAGCUCCAGGAUAUCAACGUGUUUCUGAAGCGCAAGACAGGCUUCCAGAUUCGUCCCGUCGCUGGAUAUCUCUCCCCGCGCGACUUCCUGUCCGGACUGGCGUUUCGGGUGUUUCACUGCACCCAGUACAUCCGUCAUUCGUCGGACCCGUUCUACACACCGGAGCCCGACUGCUGUCACGAGCUGCUCGGGCAUAUGCCACUGCUGGCCAACUCCAGCUUCGCCCAGUUCUCGCAGGAGAUUGGGCUGGCGUCGUUGGGCGCGUCGGAGGACGACAUUAACAAGCUGGCAACACUGUACUUCUUUACGGUGGAGUUUGGUCUGUGCCGCCAGAAGGAUGGAAGCUUCAAGGUGUUUGGGGCGGGAUUGCUGUCGUCGGUGGCGGAGUUGCAGCACGCAAUCACUACACCGGAGAAGAUCAAGCGGUUCGAUCCGGAGAUCACGUGCGAGGAGGAGUGCAUCAUUACGGCGUACCAGAAUGCGUACUACUACACGGACUCGUUCGAGGAGGCUAAGGAGAAGAUGAGAGCUUAUGCUGACACAAUACAGCGGCCGUUUGGAGUCCGGUACAACCCUUAUACCCAGACAGUGGAGGUGCUUAGCAAUGCGAAGAAGAUCACUGCCGUCGUGAGUGAGCUGCGUGGCGAUCUGAGCAUUGUUUCGUCCGCGCUGAAGAAAGUGUCCGCAAUGGAUGAGAAUCUCGAUGUGGAAAAGAUCGAGAAACUGCUCUCCAGCAGUUUACAUGUAUGCGAUAAGACACUCGGCACUGAGGAACCCGACGGCACCGAAGAAAGUACGACCCCAACGGUGAAGAAAGAAUAAACUUGUCCAUCCGGUUGCAGUCCAUCUCAAAUUUAAUGUACAAUAUCAUGCUAAUGCUUCUUUGUUGAUGAAAUGCUUGUAAAAUUGAAGGCAAUUUAAAACUUUGGUCAGUUAGCAGAGAGAGAUAGAGAGAGAGAGAGAAAGAGAGAGAAAGAGAGAGGGAGAGUAUUUUAAAGGUAAUAUUCCGUUUAAUUGUAUGGAGUUGUGCUGGUGAUUGUCACGGAUACGAAAACUGUAACACAAGUAAAUUCUACCAAAAUCUCGAUGUUAAAUGUCAAUGUAAUACAAACAUACAAAUCUGCUGCUGUGAAUUCCAAUAAACAGUAUGCAUUAAGCAUUACUUGAAA